GGUGAUUGUCCUCUCCUCUUGUUGAUCCCCUCUCUGGUCUCUCAUCGAGUCUCCCCGCUCUCUUCUCGCAUCUUCGUUCACUCGCUCUGAACGAUGUCGUAGGAAGGAUACGAAGCUAGCUGCUGGAAUAGAAGAAGAGGGUUCGUCCGGUGCCCUAACCCUAGUUCAGACGAGGGGAGGAGGGGAGGAUGGAGAUGGAGUUGGAGCCGCGGGUGAAGCCUCUGGCCUUCAAGGUCAAGGCCAUGUCCCGCGAAUCCCCCGCCCAGAAGGCCGCCCACGUCCUCGACCCCGAUCUCCGUACCCACUGGUCCACCGCCACUAAUACCAAGGAGUGGAUCCUCCUGGAGCUCGACGAAGCUUGCCUACUUUCUCACAUAAGGAUAUAUAAUAAGUCUGUUCUUGAAUGGGAAAUCACAGCUGGACUGCGCUAUAAGCCCGAGACAUUUGUAAAAGUCCGUCCACGUUGUGAGGCUCCUAGGCGUGAUAUGGUGUAUCCUGUGAACUAUACACCAUGCCGUUAUGUACGGAUAUCUUGUUUGCGAGGAAAUCCAAUAGCUUUAUUUUUCAUUCAGCUGCUCGGAGUUACUGUGGCUGGACUGGAGCCUGAGUUUCAACCUGUCAUCAAUUAUUUGUUACCACAAAUUAUUUCACACAAACAGGAUGCCCAUGAUAUGCAUCUCCAGUUGCUUCAAGAUAUGGCAAGCCGAUUGCUGGUUUUUCUUCCCCAACUUGAGGCAGAGCUUACCAGUUUUGCAGAUGCAGCUGAGACUAACAUACGGUUUUUGGCAAUGCUUGCUGGUCCAUUGUAUCCAAUUCUGCACCUUGUAAAUGAAAGGGAAGCGGCAAAGACACUGCUUAACUCUUCUGAUUCUGAUGCUUUUAGGACCAAUCAGACUUCUACUCUAACUGUGUCCUCGAAUUUUGAGCCUAGAAGAUCACGCAGUCCAUCACCCUUUGUUCAACCUGCUUCAAGCUUCAUUGCAUUCCGUCCUGAUGCUGUUAUCAUCCUGUUAAGAAAAGCAUAUAAAGAUUCUCAUCUUGGGACUGUUUGCCGUAUUGCUUCAAGAACACUACAAAAGCUUAUAGACCCUAUUACAACUGGAGAAGAGUCAAUGCCUCCUGGUGAUUUGACUUUAUCUUCAACCUCUGAUGAAAUAACCAAAACUGAAGUCACCUGUCAUAUGCAUCUUGCUGAUUACUCAAGCUUGUUUGGAGAAGAAUUCAGAAUACCUGAAGAUAAUUGUGAUGCUGCAUAUUUGAAUGUCCUGGAUAUCGCUGCAGUUGAAGAGGGCAUUCUCCAUGUCCUUUAUGCUUGUGCAUCACAACCUCUUUUCUGCUGCAAGUUGGCUGACAGUAAUUCAAAUUUUUGGUCUAUACUACCACUUGUGCAAGCACUGCUUCCAGCACUUCGUCCUCCUGUUAACUGUACUCCUCCAGUUCAUGUUGACGAUAGUUUCUGGCUAUGGAAACAUGCUUCUGUCCAGAAUGCUCUUUCUCAGAUAGUUACAAUGUCGUCGUCAUCAGUAUACCGUCCACUUCUUCGAGCUUGUGCGGGCUAUCUGGCUUCAUUUUUAUCAUCACAUGCAAAGGCAGCAUGUGUGCUUAUCGAUUUAUGCUCUGGGCCAUUAUCACCUUGGAUAUCUACCAUUACAGCAAAGGCCGAUCUUGCAAUUGAACUUCUGGAGGACCUCUUAGGUGUUAUCCAGGGUGCUCGCCAAUCAAUUGCUCGUGCUCGUGCUGCUCUGAAAUAUAUAAUACUUGCAUUGUCUGGGCACAUGGAUGAUGUGCUAGCAAAAUAUAAGGAAGUCAAACAUAAACUUCUUUUUCUUCUGGAAAUGCUAGAACCUUUUCUUGAUCCUGCCAUAACUUCCAUGGAGAAUACAAUUGCUUUUGGAGAUGUUUCUUCUAUAGUUUUGGAAAAACAGAAGAGAUCCUGUGCUAUUGCACUAAAUAUUAUUCGUACAGCAGUGCAAAGGCCUGCUGUUCUUCCGUCCCUGGAGUCUGAGUGGAGACGAGGAUCUGUUGCUCCAAGUGUACUUCUUUCUGUUCUGGGUCCACACAUGCCAUUGCCUCCUGAAAUUGAUCUUUGCAAAUGUUCGGUUUCGAAAGUUCUUGAACAAGAAAAUUUGACUGUUUUAUCUGGCUCUUCCAUUCACUCCCAUGUGGUCCCUUCCUUAUCCUGUGGCCCUGAAGAAACUGAUCUAAAAAUUGAUGCAUCCGAAGGAACUCUAAAGGUAGAUGUGUUCGAAGAUGCCAACCUCCUGUUUGCCCCUACAGAAUUAAAAAAAACUAUGUUGACGAGUCUUCCGAACCAUUUUAUAAAAAAUAGUCCUGAUAAAGUUAGUCUAGAAUCUAAUCAUGGCACCUCAGAAGGGAAACAUGUUGAUGAGAACAUCUCAACUAGCCACUUUCAAUUGGAGAAUGGUUUCUCUGCUGAUUGCUUUAAUUUGCAGGCAGAUUAUCUGCAACUUGUGAGCAAUCAAGAUUGUGAGUUCAGGGCCGCAGAGUUUCAACGCUUAGCACUGGAUUUAAGCUCCCAGCCUGACAUCACACCAGAGGGCCAUGAUGCUGCAAUAGAUGCUUUGCUCUUAGCCGCAGAAUGCUAUGUCAACCCCUUCUUUAUGUUGUCCUUUAGACCCACAUCUAAGCUUAUCGAUCAAAUGAAAAUUAUCGGGUCCAAGUUAAAUCAAAAUAAUAAUUUCAUGGAGCUUAAAAGUGACUUUCAGAAUGUUAAUAUUGAUAUGGAGACAAUAGCUCAUCUUGAAAGAAAAAGAGACAGAACUGUUCUACAGAUACUCCUCCAAGCUGCUAAACUGGACAGGGAAUACCAGAAAAGUACAUCUGAUGGUGAAUCGUGUCUUUGUGAACCUGAUGACAUUGAGCAUGGAAUAGAAAUAUCCCCACUAGAUACAGAAUCUGCUGAUGCUGUAACCUUGGUUAGGCAGAAUCAGGCUUUGCUGUGUGAUUUUGUAAUGCGGCAGUUGCGAAGGGAGCAACACUCGUCACAUGAAAUUCUCUUGCAGAGCCUGCUAUUUUUGUUGUACUCUGCAACCAAACUAUUCUGCUCCCCUGAAAAUGUGAUUGAUAUUAUACUGCAGUCAGCUGAAAAUCUUAAUCAACAGCUUAUGUCUUUAUAUCAUGAAUUUAAAUUUGGAAAUAUACAACUUGAUCCUGAGAAGUUACAUGGAAUAAAAAGGCGUUGGGGGCUUCUUCAAAGAUUGGUGAUGGCAUCAUCUGGAAACGAUGGUGGAACAGAUCUCAUAAGCAAUAUGAAUGGUUUCCAGUAUCGAAGUUUAGUUCCACCUUCAUCAUGGAUGCAGAAAAUAUCUAAAUUUUCAAAUUAUGCAUGUCCUCUUCCUCGUUUCCUAGGGUGGAUGGCAGUGUCUCGUUAUGCAAAGCAGUUUUUGAAGGAACGGUUAUUUCUUGCUUCUGAUCUCUCACAGCUUACAUCAUUGCUCUCUAUUUUUGCAGAUGAACUUGCAUUGAUGGAUAAUGUAGGAAACCAGAAGGUUGAGCCUACAGUUCCAGAACCAUCUGAUAAUCAACAAACCCUGCAAGUUGGGCUUUCUGAUCACUUAGAUGGUCAACAUUCUUUACGAGUUCUUUAUCCUGUUCUACAUCUGUUUUUUCCGAAUAUGAAAAAGCAAUUUAGAUCAUUUGGAGAAAUUAUUUUGGAAGCUAUUGGGUUGCAGUUGAAAUGCCUUCCCUGUAGUGCUGUUCCAGAUAUACUUUGCUGGUUUUCUGAUUUGUGUUUGUGGCCAUAUGUUGAAACACUGAAGGACCAGCUUUCCUUUCCAAGUACUGCUGAUUGUUUGAAAGGAUAUACUGCUGCAAAUGCUAAAGCUGUUGUCAUAUAUGUACUAGAAUCAAUUGUUGGAGAACAUAUGGAAGCAAUGGUUCCUGAAAUGCCCAGGGUAGCUCACAUUUUGAUGUCGUUAUGUAGAGCCUCUUACUGUGAUGUUGCAUUCCUUGAUUCUGUACUACGUAUAUUGAAACCACUCAUCUCCUACUUUUUGAGAAAGGCAACUCAUGAUGAAGAGUUGACUGAUUUGUCAUCUUGGCAGGAUUUUGAGUUAUUGAAUUUUGAAGAACUAUUCAAUAGUAUUAGGUAUGGAAAGGAAUCCAAGGAUGAUUCUGGAGAAAAGAACUUCCAGGGAUCUUUGAUGAUCUUCAUUUUGGGUUCUCUCUUUCCUGAUCUCUCCUUCAAGAGGAAGAUGGAAAUUUUACAAUCCUUGUUGUUGUGGGCUGAUUUCACCAAUUCAGAACCAACAUGUUCUUUAUAUAAUUACCUGUUGGCUUUUCAGAAAGUCAUGGACAGUUGUGAUAUUGUACUAUCACAGAAUCUAAGAUCAUUUGGCAUUCACAACCCAGUUGAUAUAAAACAAUCAUCUGAAACAGCUAGCACAUUAAGAAUUGAUGGCAGCUUAAAUCAGCAUCCUAGUUUGCAAGAUAAUGCAGAACAGGUUACUAAAAUCAGGCCCAUGGAAGAGUUUGAAAGUAGCAAGCCUGGGGCUAGUCUUUUUCAUCAAGGGUUUCAUCAUCUAUCAGCAGAUGAAAUUGAAGGAUUGUUAGAUGGGUUAGAAAAGUUGAUUUUCAAACUAAUUCGAGCUAUUGAGGUCAGCUGGAAACUUCACUACCAAUUGACACUGAAGCUCACAUAUACAUCAGCAAAAUGUAUUUUACUCUCAAGAUGCUUGUGUUCCAUCAGUCAAACAGGUAGUGAUGGUGGUGGAUCAGACAUUCCUCCAUCAGAUUCAAGUGAUCUGUCACCUAAAUAUUGGAGAAAUGCUCUUGAGGGACUCACUGGAGCUAUCUUGACAAGUCAACAAAAUCAUUGUUGGCAGGUGGCAUCAGGUAUGUUAGACUAUCUAUUCAAGCUGCCCAAAAACAUCUCUGUUGACUGUGUGAUAUCUUCUAUAUGCUCUGCAAUCAAACACUUCUGUUGUCAUGCACCAAAAAUUUCAUGGCGGUUGCAAUCUGAUAAAUGGCUAUCAUCAUUAUUUAUGCGGGGCAUUGGUAAUCUUAAUGGUGAUGAAGCUUCAUUAGUCGAUUUGUUCUGCACAAUGUUGGCCCAUUCAGAACCAGAACAACGAUCGGUUGCAUUACGGCUUCUUGGUAGAAUUGUUGACUUGAGUGGCUGUGAUGGAAUUGCCAAACUAUCUUACACAGUUAAUCUGAAUGUGGUUGGAUCUGGCUCUGCAAUAUAUGUUCCUGAAUCAAUUAUCUCCAUUUUGGUCUCAAAGACAUGGAACAGUGUGGCAGCAGUGGCCUUAUCCGACCCUUCAAUGCAGUUGAGGACAAAUUCAAUGGCUUUGCUUUCAGGCUAUAUGCCAUUUGCGGAACGAACUCAGCUGCAAUCCAUUUUCAUGUCAACUAAUACCAUACUGCGGGGUAUGGGGAAGCUUUCCCAUUCGAUGGAAGAGGGUCAUCUGACACGACUUUCAUUGGGUCUUCUUGCAACUGCAUGUCUUUAUUCUUCUUCUGAAGAUAUUGCUUUGAUCCCUGAAGGUGUUUGGAGGAACUUGGAGAGCAUGGGAAUGUCAAAAACUGGAGUCCUUGAUAAUAUGGAGAAAAAAUUAUGUCUAGCUUUAUGCAAACUUAGAACUGAGUCUGAUAGCGCGAAGGCAGUUUUGAAAGAAGUGCUUUCAUCAAGCUCUGCUGCAAAACCAAAUGAUCCUAAUUUUGAAAGCACCCGUGAGUCAAUUCUUCAGGUGCUAUCUUCUCUGACUUCCCUGCAAUCAUACUUCGAUUUCUUCUCAGAGAAAAUUGAACGAGAGUCUCGGGAACUAGAAGAAGCUGAGAUUGAAAUGGACCUUCUUCAAAAAGAAAAAGCAUUGCAAGAACGAUCUGGGUGUCCACCAGAUGAAGCACCUCUAUCUCAAAAUAUAUCCUAUUACAAGAUGGAUGAUAAGAGGGAUAAUGACCGUCUUCAGAAAAUUAAGGAUGGCAUUGGAGCCUUAGAGAGGUCCAAACUUCGAGAAGAGAUGAUAGUUCGCAGGCAAAAGAAGCUUCUAAUGAGACGUGCACGUCAAAAAUAUUUGGAAGAGGCAGCUUCACGGGAAAUGGAGCUUCUACAAGAGCUUGAUAAGGAAAGAACUAGUGAGUUGGAACAUGAGAUAGAGAGACAGAGGCAGUUAGAAGUUGAACGUGUGAAAACUAGAGAACUGCAGUUCAACCUUGAUAUGGAAAGGGAAAAGCAAACACAGAGAGAGCUUCAACGGGAACUAGAGCAGGUUGAGUCUGGAGUACGAUCAUCUCGAAGAGAAUUCUCUUCUAAUCCCAACAGCAGGCCCAGGGAAAGGUACCGUGAAAGAGAGAAUGGGAGAUCCGGACAACAUGAAGGAAGCUUAAGAUCGAGCAGCAGAGACCGUGAGAGUGGUGCUCCACAUAUGGUGACUUCUGGUUCCAGCGGAGCUUCUCCAGCACCAACGGUAGUGUUGGCUGGGUCCCGAUCAUUUUCAGGUCAACUUCCAACAAUACUGCAAUCAAGGGAGCGCACAGAUGAGCGUACCACUACCAGUUAUGAAGAGAAUAUUGAGGGGAGUAGGGAUUCGGGCGAUACAAGCAGUGUUGGUGAUCCAGACUUGGGUUCGGCCUUUGAUGGGUUGGCAGGUGGAUUUGGGUCAGCACCUAGGCAUGGCUCACGGGGUAGCAAGUCAAGGCAGAUUAUAGAGAGGAGAGAGAGGGACGGGAGGCGUGAGGGAAAAUGGGAGAGAAAGCAUUGAGCCGUAAAAGUUAAAAUUUAGGAGAUAUUUUUCAUGUGUGGUUUUUGUUCUCAGAUGAAAGUGCAGGAGAACCGGAGAGAAUAUUGUCCAGACCAGGUGGUGUGCCAUGUAGAAUGCAUCCUCGUGGUUGUGAAUGCAAGGCUCCAAACCUGAUGAGCGUGGACAUGGGUUUGGUUUGCUUGGAAGCUUUCGCUGGGGUGGCAUGCUAUCACAUCACAUUGAUGGGUUCCAUGUAAAUUGUUGGUCCGAUGAUCGUUGUAAUUCGACUUGCUUCUGUUUCUAUUGUUUCAUUGUCAGAUGCUGUAAAAGUCGUUGAUCUAAUGUACAGGUAACAGGUACCAGGUACCUUAGGAUUGGUUUGGCAUUACAAUCGGCAUUGUGAAGUUGCUUGAA